AUGAGACCUUACGACAAACUCUGUGAAGUAAUAAAGAAGGAUGGGCCUAAUGGGCUCGAUUACUCGGAUUACACAAUAAAUGUCUACAAGCAGAUAGCCAAGUGCAGUGAAGCAAUGCAUAAAGAGCACUUAGUUCCAGACUUUGUGCCCGCUCUAGGAAGUGACAUCAAGUACAAACUUGAAGAAGGCAUAGAGGUCCUCGAUGUUGGCUGCGGUAACGGACUUCACUCUACAAUACUAGCACAAGAAUUUCCAAAAUCGCACUUCAUCGGGAUUGACUUCACAGAAGAUGCAAUCGAUUUAGCAAAGGAACAGAGGAGGGCUAAUGGCGAGAAGAUAGAUAAUCUAACAUUUUUGCAAAUGGAUGGAACAAAAAUGGAUACGGAAUGGACGAAUAAAUUUGAUUUGGUGAUAGUCUUUGACGCUUGUCAUGAUCAAACUAGGCCUGAUCUAGUGAGUUCAAGACUUCAAUUUUUUUUUCUUGCAAUUAGCUUCAGCAGGUAAGG